GCAAUUUUCUCGUUUCCUCCAGACCUUCCAACCUAAGAAAAUCCACACCCUCUCUUCUAUAUAAGCAUCGCCUCACCCCCUCUCUCUCCAUCCAACGCAGACCGAUUCAAGCUCUUCUUAAAUCUUUUUUCAAUCAACUCUCCAAAGAUGCAGAUCUUCGUCAAAACCCUUACCGGCAAGACCAUCACCCUCGAGGUUGAGAGUUCUGACACCAUCGACAAUGUGAAGUCUAAAAUUCAAGACAAGGAAGGCAUCCCACCAGACCAGCAGCGUCUCAUCUUCGCCGGAAAACAGCUCGAGGACGGCCGUACCUUGGCCGAUUACAACAUCCAGAAGGAAUCUACCCUCCACCUUGUCCUCCGUCUUCGUGGGGGUAUGCAGAUCUUCGUCAAAACCUUAACCGGCAAGACCAUCACCCUCGAAGUCGAGAGCUCCGACACCAUCGAUAAUGUGAAGUCUAAAAUUCAAGACAAGGAAGGCAUCCCACCAGACCAGCAGCGUCUUAUCUUCGCCGGAAAACAGCUCGAGGACGGCCGUACCUUGGCCGAUUACAACAUCCAGAAGGAAUCCACCCUCCACCUUGUCUUACGUCUUCGUGGGGGUAUGCAGAUCUUCGUCAAAACUUUAACCGGCAAGACCAUCACCCUCGAAGUCGAGAGCUCUGACACCAUCGAUAAUGUAAAGUCUAAAAUUCAAGACAAGGAAGGCAUCCCACCAGACCAGCAGCGUCUCAUCUUCGCCGGCAAACAGCUCGAGGACGGCCGUACCUUGGCCGAUUACAACAUCCAGAAGGAAUCCACCCUCCACCUUGUCCUCCGUCUUCGUGGGGGUAUGCAGAUCUUCGUCAAAACCUUAACCGGCAAGACCAUCACCCUCGAAGUCGAGAGCUCCGACACCAUCGACAAUGUCAAGUCUAAAAUCCAAGACAAGGAAGGCAUCCCACCAGACCAGCAGCGUCUCAUCUUCGCCGGCAAACAGCUCGAAGAUGGCCGUACCCUGGCCGAUUAUAAUAUCCAGAAGGAAUCCACCCUCCACCUCGUCCUCCGUCUUCGCGGGGGAAUGCAGAUCUUCGUGAAAACCUUGACCGGCAAGACCAUCACCUUGGAGGUGGAGAGUUCGGACACCAUCGACAAUGUAAAGGCGAAGAUUCAGGACAAGGAAGGGAUCCCGCCAGACCAACAACGUUUGAUCUUUGCAGGGAAGCAGCUUGAGGAUGGGAGGACCUUGGCUGAUUAUAACAUCCAGAAGGAAUCGACCCUUCACCUUGUUUUGAGGCUUCGUGGAGGCAUGCAGAUUUUCGUUAAGACAUUGACUGGGAAAACAAUCACAUUGGAGGUGGAAAGUUCGGAUACAAUUGACAAUGUGAAGGCAAAGAUUCAGGACAAGGAAGGUAUCCCCCCAGAUCAGCAAAGGCUCAUCUUUGCUGGCAAGCAAUUGGAGGAUGGGAGGACUUUAGCUGAUUAUAACAUUCAGAAAGAGUCCACCCUUCACCUUGUUCUUCGUCUCCGUGGUGGGCAGUGAGAAGUUAAUUCUUCUUCUGUCUUUGUUCUAGCUUAAGAUGGUCACAAAUAAGCCUUUAGGAAAGUGCCUAUUUUCUUAUCUCUGAAUGUAACAUGUUAAUCUAAGUAAACCUUCUGUUUGGAAUAAAAGUUUGGUGAUUUCGUA